CACCGCACCCCCCCCCCUUCCACCUAUCAAAAACAUAUAUACGCUCGGCCACGGGUCUAACUUAUUUUCUUCGGAACCAUGCUGUUUUUAUCGUAGUUUAUUGCUCUGCGUGAGAUGCAGAGCAAAUGAAGAGUUCACCUAAGCUGACGUGAUCCAUGCUGAUAAAAUAAUUUACAUCAUACAAUUGAAAAAUGUCUAGCGUAGUGUUAGAAGUUAAAACGGAACUCUAUGACGGUGGCAAACAUUUGAAAGCUUCAGAUGCUGUAGACCAGAACAGCAACAAUCUUCAAAUCUUAUGGAUUGACAUUAGUACCUUUCGUCCUAUUAACCAAUUUCUUUUAUGCUGCUUAGCAGUGUUCAUUUUUUAUUUACUGUAUGGUUAUCUUCAGGAGCUUCUUUUUACCUUGGAAAGUCUGAAAUCUUGUGGAUGGUACUUGACUCUGAUACAGUUUGGAUAUUACUCAGUGUUCGGAAUAGUAGAAAUGAAACUCAGAGACAUAAGAGGCCGAAAGAUUCCUCUCAAAACCUAUUGCCUACUUGCCUUUCUUACUUUGGGGACGAUGGGAUUCUCAAAUUCAUCGUUGCAGUAUCUUAAUUAUCCUACCCAAGUUAUUUUUAAAUGCUGUAAACUUAUACCUGUGAUGGUAGGAGGUAUUUUGAUUCAAAGAAAAGCUUAUAGCACCCUCGACUUUUUGGCUGCAUUUUGCAUGUGUCUUGGUCUGACCCUUUUUACGUUGGCUGACAGUCAAAUAUCACCAGUAUUUAGCUCAAUAGGAGUUUUCAUGAUAUCUUGUGCCUUGCUUUGUGAUGCAGUAAUUGGAAAUGUGCAAGAGAAGUCAAUGAAGUCUUUUAAGGCUAGUAAUGCUGAAGUCGUAUUAUACUCUUACUUUAUUGGAUUUGUCUAUCUAUUCUUAAUCCUUCUUUUAAGUGGGAAUUUGACUUCAUCUGUUGGGACAUGCUCAAAGUACCCCACUUUCACAUAUGGGUUCUCUCUGCUAUUUUCAUUGACUGGAUAUUUGGGAAUUCAAGUUGUGCUCAUAUUAGUGAGGACUGGUGGAGCAGUAACAGCCGCAACAGUGACAACUUGCCGCAAGGCUGUUUCAAUUGUGAUAUCAUUCAUAUUUUUUUCAAAGCCGUUCACAUUUACGUAUCUAUGGUCUGGACUUUUGGUGGUUGUUGGUAUUUAUGUUAGUGUUUGUAGUAAAAAUAAAAACGCUAGUCAAAGUUUGACUGGUGCUCCAAGAAAAUUGAUUCAAUGGGCUCUGAACUGUGUACGGAAACAUCCAUCCAGAACUCUUCAGAAUGUUUAGGUAAAUCUAUCCAAUCCACUGCCCCAUCGGAAACCAAGAAGUGCAUUGUUAAAUGAAGUGUUACUUUGCUGUCAUGGCAUGCUGACAUGGCUGUCAUUAUGGUACAUGAUUGAAGUUUGGUUGAAGAUUGAAAUUAAUUCCAUACCAAUCAGUAUUUAUUUCUAUUGCUGAUCCCAAACUGUUAUUGUUUUAUGAGCUGAUGGGUGGCAAAAAAAUAAACAUGCGUAAAUAAAUUAUCACAUUUUUCAUGUU